AUGAUGCUAUCUAUUUUGAUACUACUAUUAGCAUCCUAUAUCGCACAGGUCGAAUCAUCUAAUGAACCUCUUCCUUUGUUCAACCUGACAAGCGCUUUUAAAAAGGGGGGAGGUGGAACAAUAACAUGCUACUCAUGUGAGGAUUGUCCAACUGUCACUAAUGAUACCAGAAAAGAAGUUGGCUGUGCAGCUUGCGGAAAAGCCGUUCAAACCAGUCCAUCAGUGCAGGUGGCAAGAGGAUGUUUACCGAGUUGUUCAGAGAUUCCUCAAGUACCGAAUGUUAAGGUUUACUGUUGUGAAGCGGAAUUAUGUAAUUCAACGUCAAAAAUGAAUUUAGAUCUGAAGACCAUGUUGUUUAGUCUUUUUAUUUUUAUUAGCAUAAAAUAUGUUCACAACUUUUAA